UAAAGGUAAAAAAAUUUCUACCGUUACUUGAGCCACCUUAUCAUGUUCCAUAAUAUGUAUAUAUGUACAUCUAUAUUCAUUCAUCAGGACUUAGCGAUGCAUUCAAAGUUCACUCAGAUAUAUCAAUGGAUAUAUGUCACAAACACUAUCUUCUUCUUCUUUGUCUCCUAAUUGUCUCUUUGUCAACCUUCUUUGCUGAAGAAAUUGAAGCCCUACCAAGUCCAAGGGCUUUGAAUCAUAAUUCGGUUACUGCAGUUUUAGUGUUUGGAGAUUCCACAGUAGACUCUGGAAACAACAACUUUGUCAAGACAAUUUUCAAGGGCAACUUUCCACCUUAUGGAAAAGAUUUUCCAAAUCACGAGCCCACCGGAAGGUUCACCAACGGACGCCUCGCCACUGAUUUUAUCGCUUCGUACGUUGGUGUGAAAGAUUUUGUUCCUCCAUAUUUGGACCCAAGUCUCGGCAUUGAGAAGCUUAUGACAGGAGUCAGCUUUGCCUCGGGUGGCACCGGAUUUGACCCUCUCACACCACAAAUAAGCAAUGUGAUAGGGAUCCCACAGCAAGUAGAGUAUUUUAAAGAGUACAAGAAAAGGCUGGAGUCUGCGAUUGGAAAGAAAACAACAGAAAAUCAUAUCAAGAAAGCUUUGUUUAUUAUAAGUGCUGGAACAAAUGACUUUGUUGUUAACUAUUUUACCUUGCCUGUUCGACGGAAGACCUUCUCCGUUUCAGCUUACCAGCAGUUCAUAUUGCAUAAAACUCUGCAAUUAGUACAGGAUUUGAUCGACGAAGGAGCAAAAAGAAUAUCGGUAACCGGACUACCUCCAUUGGGUUGUUUGCCGAUUGUUAUCACACUUUUCUCCAAGAAUUUCAUUUUAGAACGUGGUUGUAUUGAAUAUUUUUCCUCCAUUGGAAAAAAAUUCAACCAAAUGCUCCAAAAUGAAUUAAAUCUCGUACAUAAUCGAUAUCCCGACGUCAGAAUAGAUCUCUUUGAUGCAUACGGACCACUCACAGACAUGAUCCAAGGGGUACAAAGCUCUGAGUUUGACGUGGUGAACAGUGGGUGUUGUGGAACGGGUUACCUGGAAGCAGGAAUAUUGUGCAAUCCAAAAUCAUUUCUGUGCCCUGAUGCGUCCAAAUAUGUAUUUUGGGAUUCAAUACAUCCAACUGAGACAACUUACUAUAACCUUUUUCAGGCCAUACGUCCUACUGUUGAUUUUUUGAUAAGGGAUCCCUAAUUAUUUAUUUUAUCAGUUUGUUUAAAAUUUCCAUCAUCAUUUCUUAGAUCUCUCUACCAUUAUCAAUAUCAUCGCUAUUGAUUUCAAAUAAAAGUUAACAACAAAGUGAGUCUAAUGGCCUUAUUUUUCUCUC